AAUAGCCACUUCAGCUUCAAGAUCGCUACGGUCUGGAUUCAUGGCAUUUCCUGUCAGUGUAAACAGACAGUCGGCUGACAUGGCUUCACUUACAAUGCACGACUGCCAUUGAGUAAACAAAAGGACAUCUAACGAAGCUUUCUCCAUGAAAGAGCCCUUCUUCACUGCAGAUGCAUGCUGCGGUGGGUUAACGUGCUGAUGUUAGCAAGCUAACAUGGACCUUGGAUCAAUGCUCUACAACAGUUUGAAAGAUGUAAAAUGGAGUACGACGACACUACCCUUGGAUAGACUUGUUAGUGCCUACAGACUGCUGCAGAUUGUAAAGCUGGACAGCGUGGAAUCGGUGGAAGGGCUGAGAGAAAAUGACUACCUCUUGAUUCAUUCAUGCCGGCAAUGGACCACAAUUACCGCCCAUAGCCUAGAGGAGGGCCAUUAUGUCAUCGGACCGAAAAUCGAGAUCCCUGUCCAUUAUGAGGGCCAGUUUAAGCUGCUGGAGCAGGACAGGGACAUUAAGGAGUCAGUCCAGUACUUAAACAGCAUGGAGGAGGUGGCCAAAGCAUUCCCUGAGCGAGUUUAUGUCAUGGAGGAAAUAACCUUCAAUGUCAAGAUGGCAUCAGGAGAAUCCAAUGAGGACACGGAAGUGUACAACAUCACGCUGAGCACUGGGGAUGAGCUGACACUAAUGGGCCAGGCUGAGAUCCUCUAUGCCAAAACAUCACGAGAAAAGUCACGCUUCAACACAAUCUUCAAACGCAUCGGCAAGCUCAACUCCAUCAGUAAGCUUGGUCGCGGAAAGAUGCCCUGCCUUAUCUGCAUGAACCACCACACCAACGAGAGCAUCAGCCUGCCUUUCCAGUGCCGUGGUCGCUUCAGUACCUGCUCCCCACUGGAGCUACAGAUGCAAGAAGGAGAACACACUAUUCGUACGAUUGUGGAGAAGACCAGGUUACCUGUGAAUGCCAUGGUGCCCAGCAGCCCGCCACGUAAUCCGCAUGACCUCCAUUUGAUCCGUGAAGGCCACAGAUACAAGCUGGUCAACAUCCAGACCAAGACAGUGGUGGUGUGUUGUGCAUCACUUUCGAACAAAAUACUGCCAGUGCACUUCCCUUGGCACGUGUCCACAGCACUGCCUCAUUUACUGGUGCCUGAAGGGCUGCUUCAAGGAGAAGCCUGGCUGGAGACAGUGGUCCACCGCUGGUUUGCUUACUGCCAGGAGCAGUUUGACAUUGAUGACUACUCUAGGGCAGUCUGUGAUGUGCGGGUGGAUUGGAUUGAGGAUGGCAAAAGCCCGAAAAAAAUUAGUGCAGGUGGAACAGGAAGUGGGAAUGCCAUCUGCAACAGCAGUGGAAGCGAUGGCUGCCCCUCACACAUGCAUUUGCCAAGUUCUCUAAGCUCAGCCAGAGAUGAGCUCACACAGUCAUUUCAUCGCCUGUCUGUCUGUGUCUACGGUAACAAUCUCCAUGGGAACAGCGAGGUGAAUCUUCAGGGCUGCGUUAGCUUAUGUAGAGAUUGUGUGCCAGCAGAACCUCCGGAUGCAGAUUAUUUGUUCCCUGAGCUGCAGGAGAGUUCUUCUGGCUCCCUUAAACCAGACGUGCCGUACGAGGAACUUUGGUUGGAUCAUGUUAAGAACCCUGUGGGGGUCCAAAAUUCGACUGUCUCUGGCUGUACGACUGUACUGCCAUAUCCCACAGCAGGCCCCACAAGCGCCUCGCUUGGUGCAGAUGUCAAUCUACCUCCACCUCCGGUGCCUCCAAAGUCUGAAGCUGUGAAGGAGGAGUGCCGGUUGUUGAACGCUCCACCGAUUCCACCGUGGAGCUCCAAGCAGGCAGGUUCAAGCAGUGCCACAGUGCCAUACCCUCCUGCCAAGCCACGUCAGACAGAAACCGGCUCCCCAAGCCCAACACUAUCCUAUUAUUUAUCCGGCUUACACAACAAUUUGUUUGACUUCAACAAGCGAGCGAAUGGUGACGGGGGCGGUGCGGCCUCCAAGGCUCAACAGGUUUCCCAGUCUGCCCAGUUUUGCACCAAAUCCACCAGCUACACCAUGGAAGUGUGCAGAGACAAAUCCACAGAGGAAUGUAACACUAAGCAAAACCAGUCCUGCCCUGUCUUGUCUCCAAGAACCCUAAAUGUAACGAUACAAAGAAAGAUGCAGAUCCCCACUACUACAGCCACAGCCGAUGUGGAUGCUCUGGAACUGGAGUCCAACAGCUGCUCGCUCGAUCGACCGCAUCACGGCACUACAGAUGUGUUUUCCAUUUCGUAUCCUGUAGCUACAGGGUUGUCUUGGCAACCACCAAGCAAUCUAUCAGCUAACGGAGGAGAUUUUGUCAGAAGACUUUAAGCUAAGCA